AUGCUGUUCAAGCUAUUCAUGCGCACGCUGUGGUCUCAGCAAUUAGCUUGGGACACUGAGGUUCCAGCCUCACUUCGAGCUCAUUGGGAGCUGAUUACCGCUGAAAUUUCCCGUUUGGACAAUGUUGUAAUCCCGCGUUUACUCGCCUGUAACCGCUCUACUACCCGGCUGCUUGGAUUCGCCGAUGCCUCCGAAAAGGGGUUUGCUGCUUGUAUAUAUAUUCAUGAAGAGACUGAAAAUAGAUAUGUUAACUGCCGUCUCAUAGCCGCCAAAAGUCAUGUCGCCCCGCUGAAAACUAUGACAAUUCCACGCCUGGAAUUGAUGGGUUGUUUGCUGCUUGCUCGUUUACUAUCCGCCAUCUUACCUACGCUGUCCGAAUAUGAUUUACAAGAAAUUCGACUCUACACCGAUUCCAAGACUGCCUUGGAUUGGAUCAACACACCCACAUACAAAUUGCAGAUUUUUGUUGCCAACAGAGUACAGCAAAUUACUCAGUUAACAAAACUUGAGUCAUGGCAUCACGUUACUUCUGCUAACAACUGUGCAGAUAUUGCUUCGAGAGGCUUGACUCCCGCUGAAAUCGUCUCCUGCCAUGAUUGGUGGCACACUACCAAUGCGUUUCGUUGUCUCGCCACUGACUUUCCCGUGUCCAAUCAUCUUGUUUCCAACAUUGUACCUGAGAUGAAAACUAACCCGCUGUACAUUCUCGCUACUGUUGAAGAACCAAUUGAGAAUCGUUUGUAUACCGCUAUAGAACGUGUAUCCAAAUUUGGAAAGCUAUGUCGUAUUUUUGUCUACAUACUAAGAUUUGUCAACCGCAUCAAACCAGCCCGUUAUGAAUAUCGCUGCAAAAUAGUCAAACAGAUUGAAACCUGUGAAACGCCUGCCUCAAUUGACACCACCGCCUGUGAAGCUGAAAUAGCUAGAAAACUCAUUGUUCAUGUUGUGCAACGGGAUAAAUUUCAGAAGGAAAUAACAGAGUUGAAAGCUGGAAAAUGUCCUAAGCAUCUACUAACGUUGCAACCGUACAUUGAUGAUUACGAUUUGAUACGCUUAUCUGGUCGUCUUGAGCACGCUCCGAUUUCUAGUGAAGCUAGAAAUCCAUUAUUGCUGCCGAAAAAUGAGCAUGUAUCCUCACUCAUCAUUCGACACAUACAUCUUCAAAAUUGUCAUGCCGGUCCCCGCACCACACAAGCAGCUGUUUGCCAACAGUAUUGGAUAAUCUCUGCCCGCAAUCAAGUUCGCCGCAUAAUACAUCAAUGUGUCAUUUGUAACCGCUUUUGCCGCACCAACCUACAGCAACGUAUGGCCCCGCUACCUGCUGAACGAGUCACCGCCAAUAGACCAUUCAAUUUAACUGGCUUGGACUUUGCUGGUCCUUUCUCAUGCAAAACAUCUUUAUUGAAACGCACACAAACAACAAAAGGUUAUCUGUGCAUAUUUGUAUGUUUGACCACCAAAGCUACUCAUCUAGAGUUCCUGUCCUCGAUGUCUGUCAACAACUUCAUCGCCGCUCUACACCGAUUUAUUGCCCGCAGAGGUGCGCCGCACACUCUGUUUUCAGACAACGCUAAGACUUUCACAUCCGCCGCAAGAAAAAUGUAUGAGUUAGAAAAACUCUUGAAGACGAUGCCCUCUGAAGUGAAGUGCUUUCUGUCUAACUACGGCAUAAACUGGAAGUUCAUUCCCCCUUAUGCUCCGCAUCAAGGAGGCAUAUGGGAAGCCGCCGUCAAAUCCGCCAAAACACUGCUACACCGCUGUAUUGGGGACACAGCUCUUACAUACGAAGAGUAUGACACCAUUUUCGUUAGAAUUGAAAGUAUUCUAAAUAGUCGACCGCUUACAGAAUUGUCCUCUGAACCUGCUGAAGCUGCCUCCGUGCUCACUCCCGGGCACUUCCUAAUUGGUAGACCUCUUACCGCACCACCGCAACCCAUAGAGACGAAGGAACUAUUGGUCGCACGCCGCUGGAGACUUACAAACCAAAUGACCCAAUAUUUCUGGAAUCGCUGGUCCAAGGAGUACCUAUGCACCUUGAUCAAUCGCACAAAAUGGAAAACCGCUGAAAGAAACUUGCAACUUAACGAUUUGGUCAUAAUCAAAUCUGUCAACACCUCUCCUCUCAGCUGGCCGUUAGGCAGGAUUAUUGCGCUACACCCUGGUAAAGAUGGACUAGUACGUGUAGUCACUAUCAAAUGCGCAUCUGGGAACAUUGUUCGAGACAUACGCAAAGUUCACCGCAUCAUUUGA